AUGAACGGUGAUACAGAUAGCUCUUCGACGAAUAAGUUCGUUCCUGAAUAUAGGCGUACAAAUUUCAAGAAUAAGGAGAGGUUUUCAGCCGAUGAGCUACGUCGUCGUAGGGAUACUCAGCAAGUGGAACUGAGGAAAGCCAAGAGAGAUGAAGCAUUAGCAAAAAGAAGAAAUUUUGCACCACAGACUAAUGGAGCAGAUUCAGAGGAUGAGGAUGAUGCUUCAGCAUCUGCUGAUCAGCAGUUCUAUAACCAGCUGCAAGUGGAACUUCCUGAAAUGAUUCGUCAGAUUCAGUCGCCCGAUAUGCAAGAACAGUUGGCCGCAACUGUGAAAUUUAGACAGAUCUUGUCAAGGGAACAUAGACCACCAAUCGAUAUGGUUAUUCAAUCCGGCGUAGUGCCAACGUUGGUUAAUUUUAUGAAUGAAAAUCAGCCAGAGAUGUUACAAUUGGAAGCAGCUUGGGCUCUAACGAAUAUUGCUUCUGGUACUUCUGCACAGACAAAAGUCGUUGUUGAGGCUGGAGCUGUUCCUUUAUUUAUCCAAUUAUUAUACACCGGUUCUGUCGAAGUGCAAGAACAAGCUAUAUGGGCCCUAGGUAAUGUUGCUGGUGAUUCCACGGACUACAGAGACCAUGUGUUGCAAUGUGGUGCCAUGGAACCUAUCCUUGGGUUGUUUAACACAAACAAGACCUCAUUGAUUAGAACAGCUAUCUGGACCCUUUCCAACUUGUGUAGGGGUAAGAAACCACAGCCAGAUUGGACUAUAGUCUCAAAGGCUCUGCCAACUUUGGCUAAAUUGAUCUAUUCCCUGGAUACUGAGACUUUGAUAGAUGCAUGUUGGGCCAUUUCAUAUUUAUCCGAUGGACCUCCAGAAGCCAUUCAAGCUGUCAUUGAUGUGAGAAUUCCAAAGAGGUUGGUGGAAUUGCUAAAUCAUCAAUCCACUUUGGUGCAAACCCCAGCUCUAAGAGCCGUUGGUAACAUUGUUACCGGUAACGAUUUGCAAACCCAAGUGGUAAUCAACUCCGGCGUUCUACCUGCCUUGAGAAACCUACUAAGUUCGCCAAAGGAAUCCAUUAGGAAAGAAGCCUGCUGGACUAUUUCAAACAUUACAGCUGGUAACACCGAACAAAUUCAAGCUGUCAUCGACGCAAGCUUGCUACCACCAUUGGUCAAACUCUUGGAGACCGCAGACUACAAAACCAAGAAGGAAGCAUGUUGGGCAAUCUCUAACGCAUCAUCCGGCGGUUUGCAAAGGCCAGAAAUUAUAAGAUACCUUGUUUCUCAGGGCUGUAUAAAACCUCUAUGUGACCUGUUGGAGAUCGCAGAUAACAGAAUCAUUGAGGUUACUCUAGACGCCUUGGAGAAUAUUCUAAGAUGUGAAGCAGACAAGGAAGCUCGUGGUCUCAACAUUAACGAAAACGCAGACUACAUAGAAAAGGCAGGCGGUAUGGAAAAGAUCUUCAACUGUCAACAAAACGAAAACGAUAAGAUCUACGAAAAGGCUUACAAGAUCAUCGAAACUUACUUCAGUGAAGAUGAUGACGCCAUCGAUGAGAGUAUGGCUCCUCAAACAUCGGGCAACACUUUCGGUUUCGGUUCCAACGUCAAGCAGCAGUUUAAUUUUAACUGA